AGAGUACGAAAUCGAAGCUGGUUACCAACGGACCUGUGCGCGGAUAAACCCAUCAUGCAGAAGAACUUCCAGCAGCCUGGAGCAGCGGGCGGGGGCGGGGGCGGGAGCACGGGCAUGAGCUAUCAGUAUGCGCAGGCGCAGCCACAGCCGCCCAGCUACGAGCAGGCAACGCACUUUCACGUGCCAGCACCUGCUCAGGUGGUCAUCAUACAACCCGCCGCCCGCUGUGGGACCGGAUCCGUGCUACAUUAGCUGUCCCCAUUGUCAUGUGCAGAAGCUGACGCGCGUCGAGUAUUCGCCCAGUGUGCGCACCCAUUGCAUGGCCGCCCUGCUUUGCAUAGUGGGUCUCUGGUGCUUUGCCUGUUUGCCCUACUGCGCCACCAGCUGCAUGAAUGCGAAUCAUUUCUGCGGCAAUUGCAACAAAUUUGUGGGCGUCUAUAGCAGCGAUUAAUAGCUUUAUGCUAAACAACAAUAAACGUAAACAAUUUCGCAACACA